GUUCUGCUGCAUUUUCAAGAUCCUGCACUUCAGCUCAGAGACUUAUAUUUUGUUGAUCCUAAGUGGCUUUGUAAAAUCAUGGCACAGAUCUUAACAGUGAAAGUUGAAGGCUUCCCUAAGUAUCCAAAAGGAAUCAUAAAGCGUUCUGAUGUAGAAAAAUUCCUGCUAAAGAAAAGCAAAUUUCCUAAGGUUUAUAUGUCGCAGUACUUCAAGCUCCUGGAGAAGUUCCAGAUAGCGCUACCAUUAGGAGAAGAUCAGCUCCUUGUUCCGAGCAGCUUGUCAGAUCACCGUCCUGUAAUAGAAUUGCCCCACUGUGAAAACUCAGAAAUUAUCAUAAGGCUGUAUGAGAUGCCCUAUUUUCCUAUGGGAUUCUGGUCCAGGCUGAUCAACAGAUUGCUUGAAGUGUCUUCUUAUAUGCUUUCUGGAAGAGGUACAUUCAUUUCUACUUAA